UUCUGACUGAGGAGGAUAUAUGGUUUUGGAACAGUUCGCAUUUGAAGAACCUUUUCCCUACGAUUGGGUACAGCGUUUAUGGUUUCCAUGAGGAAUGAGAGAGGAUUUGUGAAUACUCUGUAAAGCGAAAACAACUCCUGGUCUCCUCAGUCUCUCUUUUCUUUCAUCUUUUUUCAUCUUUGCUGAGUCUAAAGAUGGGAAACAGCUUAUCAGACUCACACGCCAUCUUCUCGGGGUUGCCAUCCUUCCAGGCCCUACAUAUUGUAAUCCUAGGAUUAGACUGUGCUGGGAAGACCACUGUGCUAUACAGGCUUCGGUUUAAUGAAUUUGUAAACACAGUUCCCACCAAAGGCUUUAACACAGAGAAGAUCAAACUGGUCAUGGGUACAAGGAACCGGACAGUAGCAUUCCACUUCUGGGAUGUAGGGGGUCAGGAGAAAUUGCGGCCGUUGUGGCGAUCGUACACGCGCUGUGCGGACGGCCUGGUGUUUGUGGUAGACUCGGUGGAUGCCGAACGCAUGGAGGAGGCCAAAACGGAGCUGCACAAGAUUACACGGCUUCAGGAGAACCAAGGGGUACCGGUGCUUGUGCUGGCCAACAAACAGGACUUGCGAAGCGCUCUGCCAUUGGGUGAGCUGGAGAAGUUGCUGGCACUAAAUGAACUUGGUGCUAACACACACUGGCACCUUCAGCCAGCUUGUGCCAUCAUUGGAGAGGGCCUGCAAGAGGGAUUAGAGCGCCUCCAUGGCAUGAUUACCAAGCGAAGGAAGAUGAUGAGGCAGCAGAAAAGGAAAAGAUGAACGUGAAAGGUUAGCAGAGUUCUCUUGGCUGAUCACGUUAUCAUCACUGUGCACUGGUGGAUUGAUUUUUCCUGGCUGAGUUUUAUUAGCCUGACAGAUGGAAAUGGGUGGAUCCACUUCAGAGACAUGGGGCACUGGUCACCAACCACAACACUAUUGAAUGUGAAUGGUCACCCUGUUUAUGCUGAGAUGUGAUGGUGCAGAUGACAUUGGAUUUUAAGCUACUUCAGUGGACACAUGGUUCAUUGACCUCUAAUGUAGGUGAACCUUGGACAGAUUGCAGAGGGUCGAUUGCUGCUCUUUGACCUCCAGUGUUAAAUGUACGCUUUGUAGAUGGAUUACCAAAGCCUCUGUGGAGUUCUAUAAUAUCAAAUGUACACACCGGUAAACUGUUACUCCUGUUUGUAUGAUAAACAUCUGCAUUUUAGUCUUUGUAGUGCCAGUGUUGCACAAUCGAGGUGAGGCUGUACGCAGAAUCACGAUAAACUUAUGAAUCACUAGUUUGGGAACAUGCAGAUGUUUUGGAUUUAGAACGGAGUGUUUUCACCAGCCAGAAUACCUUGAAGCCUGCAGUGCAGAUGUCAGGCAGAUGAGUUAGCACAGGUCCAGCAGGACUGAACAGGUUAAAUACUCUUGUCAUCUGUAGUACUCUACACCGUAUGUGCUUCCCUGUACAUUGAAAUGCACUUUGCAGUCCUUUUUUAGUCUUUAAACAUGUGACAUGUGAUUUUUGUAUUAAAAACCUAUGAUAUAAAAGAGACAUUGCUUCAUGUGAAGCAUUUUACAAGUCCUCCAAGUUGUUUAUGUUCAGGUGUCAUUUUGUCACUCAGUAUGUUUGUGAUGGAGGGAUGUUUGUGUCAAAGUUAAUACACCUUGAAUAAAACGACAGAUUAACAAAA